CUAUUUCUUGACCGGAAGUCAGUCCGCCGCAUUAAUUGUCCCCGCAGGAAGAAGGAAGUUGCAAACACUUAGCAGCGGUUCGAGCCCCACCUCUUGCAGGUGGAUGUGACCGGCGGGCUGAGCACUGGAAAGAGGGUCCAGUGUAUGCAGGACAACAACAUGGGACUACUGUCUGACCCAAACAGGAGACGGGCUUUGAUUAGCCUCCUGACGCGCCUCAAUGCCCCAAUCUGUGUGGUCUGCUACAUGGCGGGUGUGGCCUGGUUCAUGGGGUUGGCAUUUGAGCCGUUCACUCUGCGGACAUACAUGUCAGAGAAUGCCAUGGGGUCCACCAUGGUGGAGGAGCGCUUUCCAGCAGGGGAGAAGGCCCUGGCCACGGGCAGAGAGUUUUCAGCUCAUAAGAAGAAAGCAGGUGGGAUGCCAGUGGACUGGCUGGUGAAGACCAUGCAGUCUCGAGGGCUGGAGGUGUUUACCCAGAGUUUCACUCGCACGCUGCCUUUCCCUGAUGAAAACAAAGAGAGAUAUUUGGUAAAAGGCACAAAUGUAUAUGGGAUCCUUCGAGCCCCGAGAGCUCCGCGGACUGAAGCCCUGGUGUUGAGUGCUCCCUGCACCCCAGGCGAUAACAACAACCAGGCAGUGGGGCUGCUGCUUGGCUUGGCACAGUACUUCAGGAAUCAGGUUUACUGGGCCAAGGACAUCAUCUUCCUCGUGAAUGAGCAUGAUCUGAUUGGUAUGCAGGCCUGGCUGGAGGGCUACCACCACACCAACACUACAGGUAUGGACUGGUCUCCACUUCAAGGCCGCGGUGGUUCGAUCCAGGCAGCUCUGUCACUAGAGCUCAGCAGUGAUGUCAUCACCAGUUUGGACCUGGUACUUGAAGGCCUCAAUGGCCAGCUCCCAAACCUGGAUUUAGCCAACCUCUUCUAUGCCUUCUGUCAGAAGAUUGGAGUCCUUUGCACCACCCAGGGAAAGAUGCAGAGGAAUGACUGGGACAGUGUGUCUGGCUACAGCCACGCAGUCCAGACCAUGAUGCUGAUGGUGAUGAAACAGGCCAGUGGGCGGCCCUGGGGGGAUCAUGGUCUUUUCCUGCGAUACCACAUUGAGGCUGCCACCAUCAAGGGCAUCAACAGUUUCCGUCAGUACAAGACUGACGCCACCACCGUUGGCAGGCUUCUGGAAGGAAUGUAUCGUAAGCUCAAUAACCUCCUAGAGCGCCUACACCAGUCCUACUUCUUCUACCUCAUGCCGUCCCUCUCUCACUUUGUCUCCAUUGGUUACUACAUGCCAGCCUUUGGCCUCCUCGCCGUCAUCCUGCUGCUUCGUGCCUUAGACCUGUGGGUUCAACUUGGGACUCCACCACCAAGAACAGAAGAUGGAGUUGCUGACACCGAGCAGAAGUCUAGCCCAGGAGUGCUGUCAGUGCUGACUCCUCUGGUGAUCAGCCAUCUGACUGGAGUAGCUCUGUACACCCUGCCAAUCCAUUUUCAGGAGAUGGCUGUGGAACACUUCCCAGUGUCUGAGACUGAGGCUGUGGUCCUGACAGCUAUUGCUGUUUACACAGCAGGCCUGGCUUUGCCACAUAACACCCACAGGCUCCAGUCAGGUCAGGGGACGGAGCAGGGCUGGAAAGUGCUGAAGUUGGUAGCUGUGCUGUACCUGGCUGUGCUGCUGGGUUGCACUGCCCUCAUCAACUUCUCCCUGGGCUUCAUCCUGGCUCUCACCCUGGUGCCUGUGGCUGCUUUCGUCACACCCCACGUACCAAAGUUUCUGUCAGCCUUCAUCCUGAUCAUUCUCAGCCCAGCCUGCACGCUCCUCUUUUCCGUCUUUUUCUUCCAAGAGCUGCAAGAAAUGCCCGUCAGCUUCCUUGAAGGUUGGAUGCUCUACCUGUCAGUCAUCUCGCAGGGCAUCCUGGACCACUUCCUGUACGGCUCUCUGGUUUACCCGCUCAUAGCCCUGCUAGUCUAUCCUUGCUGGCUGCUUUUCUGGAACAUCCUCUUCUGGAAGUAAAUGCCAAGUCAUACAGGACUACUGAACGGGGAGAAAAAAAACCCUCUGAGGUAUUCUCAGGUUUGUCGUCACUGGGGGGGGGGGACUGUGAAUGACAGUUAAAUCCACUGGAGGGAUUGGAAAAGAAGAUGAUUACUAUAGUUGACUUGGAAAGAAAGCAGUGACUUGGACAUUUUGUUGGUAUUUCACUCUUAAAACAGUGGAGACAAAUCAGGCUUUCUUGAUAAACAGCAGAAUGGACCAUUUCACAAGUAGAUAUAAAUGUCAUGGUUCGGUUGCUUUCAGUAAAAUACUUUGUUUUAUGGAUUUCUUUGUUUGUGGUACAUAAAGAAAAUUACUGCAUUGUUUUUUUUUUAACUUUGUCAGACAGGAUGGAAAUGGAUGAAAGACAACAGUACAAACAUGCUAACAUAAAACAGGAAACCGCUGAUGAAAUGGAAGAAAUGACUGGUUGGCUGUCUGCAUCCUUUAAGAUGUCUGUAUCUGCGUCUGUUGAACAAGCUGUCACUGCAUCUAAUAUUUUAUACUUGUUUUGAUAACUUUCUUUGAAACAUGUUUAUUUCAUAUUUAUAAAUGCCAAAUUAAAACGCUGAAAAAGUUUCAAGCA